AUGUACUUUGGAGGAAUGGGCUUUUAUCUCUUGGCCGUGACCUCACAGACUGUAGGGGGCAGCACAGAGACACUAUGUGUCACAGUCAAACCCCAUAAAGAAGUUUCACUGGAAGUGAACCUGGAGCAUAAUGGAAAGAGAGUCCCACUUCUGCUGGAAAAGUAUAUACGACAAGAAUACUACAGCUGUAUCCCAUUCCAGGUUCCUGUUGUUAGUGUGGAAUCAGUAGCGUCUAUUGACAUCCAGUUGGAAGGAGAAAGCAUAUUUCUGAACAAGACAACAAAGAUCCUUAUCACACCUCCAAAACACCUGACCAUCAUUCAGACAGACAAACCCAUCUACAAACCAGGACAAACUGUCAACUUCCGCAUCGUCUCUCUGGAUCCCAAUUUCCUCACCUAUAAUCAGACGUUUCCGACAAUAGAAGUGCAGGACCCGAACUCGAACCGCAUUGGUCAGUGGCUGAAUGUCGCUACGUACAGCGGUCUUGUGGAUCUGUCAUAUCCCUUGAACUCUGAAGCCACUAAAGGAUUUUAUGUCAUCACAGUCUGGAACAAGAAAGAUGAAGCGAUCACACAAUCCUUCGAAGUCAAGGACUACGUGCUGCCUACGUUUGAAGUGACGGUCCAACUUCCUCCAGUCAUAACCAUCCUGGACACAUACGCUGCGCUGAAAGUGUGUGCUAAAUAUACAUAUGGGAAGCCGGUGAAUGGGACAGUGAAGGCCACAGUCUGCCAUAACAGCUACAGAUACGUGUGGCUCCCGCCAGGAAGCUCAAUGACAUCAGACAUCUGCAAGGACUAUAUAAUGAAGACUGACAAGACCGGCUGUGGACAACAUGUCUUAUAUCUGAAAGAAUAUGCGUUGACUGAUUCUCGCUAUGAAAGUGUAAUCAGCGUUAAGAGUGAAGUGGAAGAAUACGGGACUGGUGUGAUUCUGACUGGUUCAGGCAGCUCUCCUAUAACAUCUAAUAUUGUCACACUUUCAUUUGAGGAUUCGCCAACAACAUUUAAGCUCGGAAUGGUGUAUGAAGGAAAGAUUAAAGUGACUGGCCCAAACUCCAAUCCUAUGACAAGAAAAGUAGUGUUUCUGACUAUAAGUUAUGCUAAUGUUAAAAAUUCAUUCCGGAGGCUGGUUACAAAUGACGAAGGCAUUGCACAAUUUUCCUUCCUCACUGAAUCAUGGGGUCUGGAGCCAGUCUCUUUGGAGGCACAGUAUGAAAUGACUAACAGACCAGUUGUAAAUCAGGAAAACCAGCUCACACCAAACUAUCCCACAGCCUACCUCACACUUCAGCCUUUCUACUCCAAGAGCAUGAGUUAUAUUAAAUUGAAGAGCAGCUCGAUGCCUUUCAGCUGCAAUAAAAACGCUGUGAUUGAAGCUCAGUACAUGAUACAUGACAGUGUAUACACACCACUCCAGAAGACCGUAUCCUUCUACUACAUGGUGAUGUCCAGAGGACAUUUGGUUCAGCAAGGAAGUCUCUCUGAGCCCAUACACUCAGGAACAGCAAAGCACAGGGGCACACUGUUUCUGUCACUGAAGAACAUGAUAGAGUUGUCCCCAGUUGCUCAGGUGGUCCUGUACACAGUUCUUUCCAGUGGUGAGGCCGUGGCAGACAGCAUGAACUUCCCCAUUCAGCUGUGUUUGGCUAACAAGGUGUCUCUGAGUUUCUCACAUUCUUCGGAACUUCCUGGUGGUCAGGUGUUCUUGAUGCUGAGUGCCACUCCAGGAUCACUGUGUUCAGUGAGGGCCAUAGAUCAGAGUCUGUUACUGCUGCAACCAGAGAAUGAGCUCAACACUGAAUCUGUGUUCAGCAUGCUGCCUGUCCAAACGUUAUCAGGAUAUCCAUACAACAUCUAUGAUGAGGAUUCAUACCAAUGCUUGGGAAACCCACCCAUCAUGGAGAACAGGGUUGCAGCACCAGUGUCAAGAUUGGCUGGUUAUUUUCCAAACUAUGGAACAGUCGACGUGUACAACAUCUUUAGAGAUGUCGGAAUCAAGAUCCUCACCAAUGCCAUAGUCAGGAAACCUUCUGAGUGUUUUAACGGGUUGCCUAUAAGUGAAACUGUAGCUGUUGGUGUACCAGCCCUCUUUGGCAGAGAAGAUGUUUCAGGUGCCUCGAGUUCGUCAGCUGGUUCAGUCAAACCAGUCGUUACGAUCCGCAAAUAUUUCCCAGAGACGUGGAUUUGGGAUCUUGUUUCAGUCAGUCAGACUGGAGCGAUGGCUGUUAGUAAAACAGUCCCAGACUCCAUCACUACAUGGCAGGCUGGUGCAUUUUGUACGUCACCUGUUGGGUUUGGAGUCGCCCCAAAAACUGAGCUCACUGCCUUCCAGCCUUUCUUUGUGAGUCUCACCUUGCCAAGCUCCGUCAUCCGUGGAGAAGUGUUCACACUCAAAGCCACUGUCUUCAACUAUCUCCAAAGCUGUAUGAUGGUGAACGUGAUUUUGGCUGACUCAAAGCAGUUCUCAGCACAAGUGUUUAAAGAAUACAGUUACACAAGCUGUCUGUGUGCUGAUGAGAGCCGGACCUUCUCCUGGACCAUCAGACCGCUGGUUCUGGGGGAGGUGAGCAUCAAUGUGACAGCGGAGGCCAUGCGAUCAUCGACUCUGUGUGGUGUGAGUGCGGUUACUGUACCACAGAAAGGACGCGUCGACAUGGUCAUUAAAACAUUGCUAGUGCAGGCUGAGGGAACAAAACAAUAUAAAAGCUACAAUGAGCUGCUCUGUCCAGAUCGAGUUGCUGAGAAGAUGGUCUCACUGAACCUGCCUGCAGUGCUCGUGGAUGGUUCGGCCAUGGCCUCAGUCUCUGUGCUGGGAGAUCUGAUGGGCCGAGCUCUACGGAACCUGGCGAGUCUCCUGGCAAUGCCGUACGGCUGUGGAGAGCAGAACAUGCUGCUUUUCGCCCCCAACAUCUUCAUCCUGCAGUACCUGGAGAGCACCAACCAGCUCACGCCUCAGAUCAGGAGCACAGCUGAGACCUACCUUGUGAGCGGAUAUCAGAGAGAGCUGGCCUACAAACACACAGAUGGAUCUUACAGUGCUUUUGGGAUGAGCGAUGCAUCAGGCAACACCUGGCUGACGGCAUUCGUGAUGAAGUCUUUCGGGAAUGCGAAGCGAUACAUCUUUGUAGAUCAAGUGUUUGUGGAUCAGGCGAAGGCCUGGCUUGGCCAACAGCAGCAGGCUAACGGAUGCUUUGCCUCAGUGGGACAACUCUUCCACACCGACAUGAAGGGAGGAGUGAAUGAUGAGGUGACCCUCUCAGCAUACAUCACGGCUGCAAUGCUGGAAAUCAAUUAUACCGUUACAGAUCCUGUGGUGAGCAAGAGUCUAGAGUGCCUGAGGAAUGCAUACAGUCAGGUUGACUCCACCUACGCCAGCGCUCUCCUUUUCUACACCUUCACUUUAGCUGGAGAUCAAGGGAUGAGAAACACCCUCAUCUCAGCUCUGAAUGCAAAGGCCAUAAUCUCAGGGGGUGGGAGGCACUGGAGCAGAGUGAAUGAUGGGUCAGUGACGGACUCUUUGGAGGUGGAGAUGACCUCAUAUGUGCUUCUGGCUCUGAUGUCUGGACCCCAGCUGUCCGGGUUUGAGCUGGGUUACAGCUCCAGCAUCGUCCACUGGCUUUCUCAGCAGCAAAAUGCCUUUGGGGGCUUUGCGUCCACACAGGACACUGUCGUGGCUCUCCAGGCUCUGGCGAAAUACAGUCUCGCCACCUACAGUCCAGCAGGAGCUGUUACUGUUACUAUAACAUCACCAUCAGGGCUGAUUACCACAUUUACCAUCACUCAGAGUAACAGGCUGCUGUAUCAGGAGAGACAGCUGAAGGAGGUUACUGGAGAUUACAACAUCAAAGCAGAAGGGAAAGGCUGUGUGUACGUGCAGUUCACUUUGCGAUACAACAUCCCUCCUCCUCCUGACCAAUCUUCAUUCACUGUCUCAGCCUCAGCAUCUGGAAACUGCAAGGUCUCAAAUCCAUCUCUGGAAGUAACCGUUACUGUCAGGUAUAAUGGUCAACGAUUGGAGACCAACAUGGUGAUCAUCAAUGUCAAGCUUCUUUCUGGAUUCAGGGUGGACGAGACGUCUGUGAAGCUUGUGAACAGCAAAUCAGACUCGACUGAUGGAGCCGUGAAACGUGUGGAUCAAGCUGAUGGUGAAGUCAUUAUCUACCUGAAUGGACUGACAAAUGGAAAGGAGAAGGUGUAUACCCUGACGAUCGUGCAGGACAUUGCAGUGGAGAACCUGAAACCAGCCAUUGUGAAGGUUUACGACUACUAUGAGACCGGUGACUCGGCUGUAACUGACUACACCUCACCAUGUACUUAAUACAGAAAAUGUACAUGGUCGUCUGUGAUCUCUUUUCCCUUGACUUUUUUUUCCAUAUUUUACUUUUAUCUACAGUAAAACUUCAAUUUCACAAGAAUUUAGUAAAUACUAAAUGAUAGAUUUUUCUUUAAGUAAAAAAAAUUGUCUUAUGAUCAAUUUAAAUAUGCAGUAUGUCUUUUGGUGUGAUUAUAACAGAUUCAAUGCAGGAGAUUUCAUCUUUGUACAUGUCAAAAAUAAUACAUGUACUAAAUUCUUUGCAUAUGUGAGAUACUGUAUAUGUUAAGAAAAAUUCCUGUUUCUUUAUACUGUAUAUCAUCUACUGAAAAAUUCUUUAUAAAUGUAAUCUCACGCCACAAGGCAAUUUAUGAAGUACUGAGAAAAAAAUGUUGAUAAAAUGAUUAAAUGUGUCGUUCCUGAGUAGCGCAACAGAAAAGUCUUCACCAUAUUGUUGAGAUUUUGAAUUUGAACAACUGCUUAAUUUUUCUGAAAACAGUGUCAUAAAUCUAUCACAAUUUUGUUCAUAUGAAUUUGAAAGAUGACAAAAUAUGAAUUAAAUCUAAACGCUAAAUAUAAUUUAGUGGCUUUUCUUGAUUUACCUGCACGUUGUAAUUCCAUUUAUCUUUCUUUAAGUAAUGUAACUUU